CUUGCUUUUUGCUGAGAAAGCUUCCUGCACUGGAAGAUGGCACCCUUCCCCAUCCAGACACCUUGGCAAUGAAUUAUGAGGGAGCCAGGAGUGUGAGAGAGAACCACGCUGCUGAUGACUCCGAGGGAGGAGCCCUGGACAUGUGCUGCAGUGAGAAGCUACCGGGUCUCCCCCAGCCGAUAGUGAUGGAGGCCCUGGACGAGGCCGAAGGGCUCCAGGACUCGCAGAGAGAGAUGCCGCCACCCCCUCCUCCCUCACCGCCCUCAGAUCCAGCUCAGAAGCCACCGCCUCGAGGUGCCGGGAGCCACUCCCUCGCUGUCAGGAGCAGCCUGUGCCUGUUUGCUGCCUCACAGUUCCUGCUUGCCUGCGGGGUGCUCUGGUUCAGCGGCUAUGGCCACGUCUGGGCACAGAACGCCACAAACCUCGUCUCCUCUUUGCUGACGCUCCUGAAACAGCUGGGACCCACGGCCUGGCUUGACUCUGGGACCUGGGGAGUCCCCAGUCUGCUGCUGGUCUCUCUGUCCAUGGGCCUGGUCCUCGUUACCACGCUGGAACACGGCGGGCAGCCAGCAUGGUCCCAGAUCCGUGAUGCUGUAUACCCCAACCAGGUGUGGCACCUCCUGAGGACACCCCCAGAGCCACCCACCCCACUGCCCCCUGAGGACAGGCGCCAGUCAGUGAGCCGCCAGCCCUCCUUCACCUACUCUGAGUGGAUGGAGGAGAAAGUUGAGGAUGACUUCCUGGACCUGGACCCGGUGCCGGAGACUCCUGUGUUUGAUUGUGUGAUGGACAUCAAGCCUGAGGCCGACCCCGCCUCGCUCACCGUCAAGUCCAUGGGUCUGCAGGAGAGGAGGGGCUCCAAUGUCUCGCUGACCCUGGACAUGUGCACUCCGGGCUGCAACGAGGAGGGCUUUGGCUACCUCAUGUCCCCACGUGAGGAGUCCGCCCGCGAGUACCUGCUCAGCGCCUCCCGUGUCCUCCAAGCAGAAGAGCUUCACGAAAAGGCCCUGGACCCUUUCCUGCUGCAGGCAGAAUUCUUUGAAAUCCCCAUGAACUUCGUGGAUCCCAAAGAGUAUGACAUCCCUGGGCUGGUGCGGAAGAACCGGUACAAAACCAUACUUCCCAACCCUCACAGCAGAGUGUGUCUGACCUCACCAGACCCUGACGACCCCCUGAGUUCCUACAUCAAUGCCAACUACAUCCGGGGCUACGGUGGGGAGGAGAAGGUGUACAUCGCCACUCAGGGACCCAUCGUCAGCACGGUCGCCGACUUCUGGCGCAUGGUGUGGCAGGAGCACACGCCCAUCAUUGUCAUGAUCACCAACAUCGAGGAGAUGAACGAGAAAUGCACCGAGUAUUGGCCAGAGGAGCAGGUGGUGUACGACGAUGUUGAGAUCACUGUGCAGAAAGUCAUUCACACGGAGGAUUACCGGCUGCGACUCAUCUCCCUCAAGAGUGGGACUGAGGAGCGAGGCCUGAAGCAUUACUGGUUCACAUCCUGGCCCGACCAGAAGACCCCAGACCGGGCCCCCCCACUCCUGCACCUGGUGCGGGAGGUGGAGGAGGCAACCCAGCAGGAGGGGCCCCACUGUGCCCCCAUCAUCGUCCACUGCAGGUGGGUCCUCCCAGCCAGCCACUGGAGCGGGGCAGCCCCCCACCCGCUGGGCUGCCCUGCCCCUCACCCCACCGGUCCCCUCGGCCCUCAGUGCAGGGAUUGGGAGGACCGGCUGCUUCAUUGCCACCAGCAUCUGCUGCCAGCAGCUGCGGCAGGAGGGUGUGGUGGACAUCCUGAAGACCACGUGCCAGCUCCGUCAGGACAGGGGCGGCAUGAUCCAGACAUGCGAGCAGUACCAGUUUGUGCACCACGUCAUGAGCCUCUACGAAAAGCAGCUGUCCCACCAGUCCCCAGAAUGACUGCGCUUCUCCUGCAAGGUUCUCUGGGCACUGCCCAGCCUGAGUCUCAGCCCUCACCCAGGGCCCCGCCUUGGGUCCUGGGCCUGCUCCCCGCUUCCUCCCCUUCAGUCAGCUCCCUCUGUCCUCUCUGUCAGCCUGGCCUGGCCCCUACCCUCCAGCAUUGCUCUUCCUACUGUACAUAUUGAGGAGUGGGGGCAGGGUCGGGGAGGGACAUGCCAGGCCGGGCCUGGGGCCCCAGGGCCUGAUCCACACCACACAGACCCCGGGCCCCAGUUUUUAACGAUGGUUCCAUCAGUACCUGAUCCAGAACGUUUCCGUGCCACACUCUGUGUCCUGCUGCAGUGUGUUCUGUCUGUCCGUCCAUCUCUGCUGUCUGUACCGGACACUGUGUCUCCUCGGCCAGGAAGGGGUGAUGAGCUCCAGCCCUUAAGCAACCUGGGCGGACUUGCCUGCCUUGGCCUCACCCGCACUUCUCCCAAAAGGCAGAUGACUGGGAGUUAGGCAUGGGGAGCUCCGGAGGGCUACCAGAGUUCCAGCUGAGGGAGAGGUCUCUAGGUUGGAGUGGGCAUCACAGCCAGGGUGGCCUCUGGGUGUCAGAUGCCCUCAGGAGGGUGCCCAGCCUGUGAGGCACUGGCGAGGAAGGGGGCAGAUGGGGUGUGGAGAACCCAGAGGAUCUGGGCCCUGUUGGGGAGGGGAGGGGAGCUCAAGGUUUGGGUGGGGACUCAGCCCCAGAUCUGUGUGAGACAUUUUUCGUGUCGCUGUGGGAAAGCCUUCCCAGAAGUCUCACUGCGUGUCGCUCUGCGUGUGUUCCCAUGUCCAUGCGUGUGUUGAGAGCCCACCAGGAGGGCAUGCAUGACUCUGGCAACGUGUGUUAUCUUGGAGCCACGUGUUUUUAUUGCUGACUUUAAAUAUUUAUCCCACGGCAGACAGAGACAUUUGGUGUCUUUUUAUAAUUCGCUCGUGGUCAUUGAAUAGAGCAAUAAACGGAGCAUUUUGAGCAAAACUAA